CUCUGUUCUGUGAAAUACUGAAAUUGCAAGCGUGCCGUUGUACUUCAGCCGUGCCGUGUCUUGAGCUCAGAAGCUUGCCGUGAAGUUCUUUAAUUUAUUUUCAUUGCUAUUGAAAAAUGGCGAGAAAAGUGAUACCAGAGGAUCUUUCCCAUGUGGAAUUUGAAACCAGUGAAGAUGUUGAAGUUAUUUCAACUUUCGAUUCCAUGGGACUGAGGGAGGACCUGCUGAGAGGAAUUUAUGCUUACGGAUUCGAAAAACCCUCAGCCAUUCAACAGCGUGCCAUCAAGCCUAUAGUCAAAGGUCGUGAUGUAAUUGCACAAGCCCAAUCUGGUACUGGGAAAACAGCUACAUUUUCCAUUUCCAUUUUGCAAGCUCUCGACACAACUCUCAGAGAUACACAAGUCCUGUGUUUGUCACCUACCAGAGAACUUGCUGUCCAAAUUCAAAAAGCACUUCUUGCUCUUGGAGACUACAUGAAUGUUCAAGUUCAUGCUUGCAUCGGAGGAACCAGUUUAGGAGAGGACUUGCGAAAAUUGGACUAUGGUCAACAUGUCGUGUCUGGCACACCUGGUCGUGUGUUCGAUAUGAUUCGACGUAGAGUUUUACGAACUCGUUCAAUAAAGAUGCUUGUGUUAGACGAAGCUGAUGAAAUGCUGAACAAAGGAUUCAAAGAACAAAUAUAUGAUGUGUACCGUUAUUUACCUCCUGCCACCCAAGUUGUUUUAAUAUCUGCUACUUUACCCCAUGAAAUUUUAGAAAUGACCAGUAAAUUUAUGACUGACCCCAUCCGAAUUCUUGUAAAACGUGAUGAGUUGACUCUCGAAGGUAUCAAACAGUUCUUUGUUGCUGUUGAAAGAGAAGAAUGGAAAUUUGACACACUUUGCGAUUUAUAUGAUACUUUGACCAUCACUCAGGCUGUCAUUUUCUGCAAUACAAAACGGAAGGUUGACUGGCUCACUGAGAAAAUGCGAGAAGCAAAUUUCACAGUAAAUUCAAUGCACGGAGACAUGCCUCAAAAAGAAAGAGAUACAAUCAUGAAAGACUUUAGGGCUGGCCAAAGUCGAGUUCUGAUCACAACUGAUGUAUGGGCCAGAGGUAUUGACGUUCAACAAGUAUCGCUUGUCAUAAACUAUGAUCUCCCAAACAAUCGAGAAUUAUACAUUCACAGGAUUGGUCGAUCUGGUCGGUUCGGAAGGAAGGGUGUUGCCAUUAAUUUUGUGAAAAGUGAUGACAUUAGAAUAUUAAGAGAUAUUGAGCAGUAUUAUUCAACUCAAAUUGAUGAAAUGCCAAUGAAUGUUGCUGAUUUGAUUUAAGCCCCCAGGGAAAGAAAGCUGGUAUUCAGAACUUGCCUGCAGCAAUUCACUGUGGAUGAAACCUUUUGUGUAUCAAUGCGUGAAAUGCACUGUUUUUUCUUCCUCAUUUUCAUGGUAUUUUUAUGUCAGUUAACAUUAUUUCAUGCCCAUCAAUUCUGUUUUUUAAUAAUGAUCGGCCAGAUUUACUGGGAUUUUUAUCAUCCAACUGUUAAAAAUUUUGAUGUUUCUCAAUUUUAUCUAUUUUGAUUAACGUUCAGGUUUUCCACCAAAACCUGUUUUUCACCAGAACUCUUAUCACAGUAAAAAAUGCUAUGAAAUAUAAAAAUUUUCUAUAAUACCACUCCCUUGUCGAGGGCAUGAAAUGUCUUUAUCCAUAUUAAGUAAUGUCUUGAUAAAAUCUAUUAACAUUUUUCAAUAUCCUAUCCAUUGACUAUAACUUAAAUUAUCUCUGACUAGUCACAUUUCAUUAUAAUCAGGGAUGGCGAAAGUCACGUCCGGUCCAAGUCUGUCAUUGACAAACAUGGAAGCAGCCCUUAAAAGAUGGUGGCAGCCCAUGCUCAGACGCAAACAAGUUCCCUAAUCUAUAAAUCAAAUCAGCUCAUUGAGAGCUAAAAGAAGGGGAAGCCGGCAGCAUGAGAUUUAUUCUCCAUUCACUUAAUGGAACUUUUCCAGCCUGCCCUCUGUAAUUUGACUUGUGCACCCAUUAAGUAUGCAGGCAGUAUUAAUCAACAGUACCUUUUUUUUUAAAAAAAAGAAAAGGAAAAAAAAACGGUGAAGAAAGUACUGAAGUACUGGAAGAUACAAUAGGGGCAAUCAUUUGCAAUUAGUGUGUAGCCUACAGAAAGAUGUGAACAGUUACUGACAUGGUAAUAGCAUUGUGGCGGUUGCAUCAGUGAUUCCUCAGACUUUGAAUCUCUGUUAAUGGAGAAAAAGAGACAAGGGAAUAGCGAGCAAUGAGUUUAACUUCUAUGUGCUUCACCAUUCCUAUUCAAACAUGCAGGUGUGCUAGCAAAGGAAUUUUACAUAUUUCUUGACAGCGUGCCUGUGAACGCAGGAGUCGCAUUAGAAACACUCAUUUCCUAAAUAACAUGUUGGACCCAGACCCAAUACAAAAUUUCAUAUUUUUUUUAGCAUUUAUAAGACGUUUUAACGCCUUUUUAUUUUAACACUUUCAUUGAAUUUUUAUUUAUUUCUUCUCAUUUUUUUGGAGAGUGGACUGUUGGUAAAUCUUCAGAUUCUGAAAAUAAUUUUUUGAAAAAAAAAGUUCAAUGUAAGUUUAAUAAGUUUUUGGUCAAGUCAAGAUAAGGUAAUAUAUUCUGGCCGGACUCCUUACCCCUUCAAAUUUAAGAGGUUUUUGGGCUUUCGUGCUGUUAAUUUGUGCUUUUUUUGUUAUUAGUCAAUGAUGAAGUAAUAAAUUGAAAACAUAUUAUUUCUUCAGUUUCCAUACAUUUUUUUACACAAAUAUUAUUAAGUGAAUUGGGGGAAAUCAUCUUUUCAUUUCAUGAAUACAACCUUACUCAUUGUCUCAAGUUUAUAAUGGUCUCAGUUCUCCUUAGUUGUCAAAAUUGCCAACCAAGCUGUAAAUAUUCACCUUUUUUUUAAAUUUUUGUGUUAAAAUAAAGUGCUCAGUCCAUCUCAA